AUGGCUUCAGCUCAGACUGGCGACGAAAGGCCGGUCGUGCCACCUACCAACGAUAAUCAUGAUGAGAACCUAGGGCCACCAGCAAGGUUCUCAGCUGAGGAAGAAGCGGCAUGUAAACAAAUGACCGCCCCUCCCGCCCCUACAAAAGAGCUCUUGACCGAGUCAAAUGGCAAAAAGUCAGAGGCCAACAAGCUCUUCACCUCCGCAAGCUACGAGAAUGCCAUCACCAAGUACGAAGAGGCCGCCUCCGUCUGCCCUCACUACCUCGACUACGAGCUGUCCGUCCUACAAUCCAACAUCGCCGCGUGCCACCUCAAGUUGGAACAGUGGAAGGACGCCGUGAGCAGCGCCACCAAGGCUCUCGAGGGCCUGGACCGAGUCGAAAAGGCUGAAUCACCAGAGCAGGACAACAAGGCAGAGGACGAACCCGAAUCCAAGAAGGGGCAUGAGCACGAGGACGAGGUGGAGGAAGAGAUAGUUAGCACAGGCGCGCAGAAGAGCGCGCCCAACCCGGAACAAGAAUCCGCCGCCGAGGAAGCCGCGCGCAAACGCAAGGAGGACAUCCUCAGGAUACGCGCCAAGGCGCUCAUGCGCCGCGCCCGCGCCAAGAGCGAGUUGGGCAGCUGGGCCAACUUGUCUGCUGCCGAAGACGACUACAAGACGCUGUCUGCCAUGGACAACUUGAGCUCGGCGGACAGGAAGAUCGUGGCCUCCCAGCUAAGGGCACUGCCGCCCAGGACCAAGGCGGCGCAGGAGCAGGAAAUGGGUGAGAUGUGGGGGAAGCUGAAGGAUCUCGGAAACGGCAUUCUGAAGCCUUUCGGAUUGAGCACCGACAACUUCAACAUGGUGAAGGAUGAAAAGACGGGUGGUUAUAGCAUGAACUUCAACCAGAAGUAA